UGUCAAUGUCAGCACAUUGUACAUUUAGUAUUCUUUUCCGGUUUACCUGUGGAGUACGCGAGACGUCUGCCACAGGCUUCCCAAGAUGGGCGCGUACAGAUAUAUUCAGGAAUUGUACCGCAAAAAACUGAGCGAUGUUAUGCGUUUUCUCUUGCGCAUAAGGGUAUGGCAAUACCGGCAGUUGACGCGCAUGCACCGCGCCCCCAGGCCCACCAGGCCUGACAAGGCGAGGAGGAUGGGAUACCGCGCCAAGCAAGGGUACGUAAUCUUCAGAAUCCGCGUGCGCCGCGGAGGCCGCAAGCGCCCGGUCGCCAAGGGCGCCACCUACGGCAAGCCCAAGAGCCACGGAGUUAACCAGUUGAAGCCCACGCGCAACCUGCAGUCCAUUGCUGAGGAGCGUGUUGGUCGCCGUUGCGGAGGUCUCCGCGUCCUGAACUCCUACUGGGUUGCCCAGGACUCUUCCUACAAAUACUUCGAGGUCAUCCUUGUUGAUCCUUCCCACAAGGCCAUCCGUAGAGACCCCAAGAUCAACUGGAUAGUGAAUGCUGUCCACAAGCAUCGCGAGAUGCGCGGCCUCACCUCCGCUGGUCGCAGCUCUCGUGGUCUUGGCAAGGGCCAUCGCUACUCACAGACCAAGGGAGGCUCCCGCCGCGCCGCCUGGCUGCGCCGCAACACGCUGCAACUCCACCGCAAGCGAUAAACAACAAAUGCCACUUGUCAAUGACUUUCUAUUUGUCUAUCUUUAUUUUCACAUGGAAAGCCAAUGGCCUAAUAAACAUAAAAACCUA